CUCGAAGUGCCUGGUCUCGAGCAAUAACGCCACCAAUGGAAAUCAGUGACAUUAGCGAAGAAGAAUCAAUGAAAUACUUGAUUGAGAAGCGUAAGAUCGAUGAAGAAAUGGCAAAAGAAUUAUAUCAAUUGGUUGGUGGUCGCAUUUUAGAGUUGAAGACUAUUGCAAAUGGUAUUUUAGCUGGACGAUCCAUUGAAGAUAUCAAGAAGCAAAAAUUAAUUGACAUUGGUCGGAAAUUUGAUUCAACAAAACUGCUUCAAGAACAAAAAUAUUAUGAAGCGGGAAAACGUGUAAUUAAUGCUUUGCUGGAUUCAAAAGAGAUUAGCAUUAUUACAUUUAAAAGAAUUUUCAAGAAUAAUGAAAAAGAAUACAGUGAAGUCUUAGGAAAUAACGUGUUUGCAUACCGUCCAUCACGCGAUACU